AUGGCUGUCGUGGGAGGCGUGGCAAAGGGCAAGCCGUUUGCCCAAAAGACAGAGUACAAGGCACAGAUGCGGACUGAGCCCCAACAUACGGAACAAUUCCUUAGAACUCACAGUUAUCCUCCGAGGGUAAACCAGCCUUUUGAUCUGUACAUAGAUGCACUUCGUUAUAUACCUGAUAACGCAACGAUCACAAAGGUUACCGGUCAUUUCAGGAAUUCUGUCUCAAGCCAUUUGCACCGUAUCGUAGCCUUUCCUGUUCUUGAGAGCUCAUCUCGAAAUCCGGAAUUCCAGUACCGAGCGUCAAUAAGCGGAGGCGUCUCAGAUGGCAUAGACAAGAAUACUUGGCUUCUGUUUGAAGUCCAUACAGUGGAUGUAGAUUCCAGAGACCUGGUUCUAUUAGGAAGCUGUGCAAUCCGAGUCUUUAAUGCCCAAGGACAACUCAACGUGGGCGGCUUUCAGCUAAAACUGAGAGCCGGCUUGCUGGAGGAAGGACCCUGGUCUCUUACUCCAUCUUUGCUGAGUCACCUUCCGGUUGUUUCUGGCUGUACUCUUCUUCUUCGACUCUUGCCGUCGACUCAGAUGCCGGUGGCUGCCCCAAGCUACCUGACGGGAUACUAUUUCACCGAUGGAGCGAAACCAAAUAAUUCAGAGCUGGGGAUCAUUGCCAGCUUCCAGAAGGACAACAGCUUCCCCGAACGUGUGCUGGAUAUGGCCGUGCAGUUAAGUCACGAGGCGCAAAGCAGAGUUCUGCCUGAUCAACUGGAAGCCUGGUGCGUGGGAAAAUUAGACGAGGGGGGAGAUUUGUCACCACAGCGUCUUCUAAAGUGCAUUGACUUACAUCGUGCAGUCCGCUAUCGGCAGGAAGCUGGCCUGCGUGUCCGUAUCAAGCAAGCGUUUGGGCUUAAAGCUGAUGGGUAUUAUGUGAAUGCGCUAGCCAGAAUCUUGAAGGGGGCUGCAAGCAUGCGCUUGCAUGAACUGCCGCAACGCUGGGGAGGAGACGAAAAAUUCCUGAUGCGGCAACUCGACUUCACAAGCCUACAGAGAUCGCCACGGUGGACUGACUCUUCUGUGGUUUUGCAUCCUCAUCUCGAUGAUCACAGCGUCCUUCUGGUCCAGGUAUAUGGGUUGGAUGUUCUUUAUACCCCAGAUCCAAGCGGACAGAGGCCAGGUGAAGUAGCUCCACAUUCUGGUCAGGCCCUUGAACUCAAUGCACAGUCGCAGCUGGGGUGGACGGCUCUUCCGCUCUUUGACAGGAGCUGUGUGAGAAGUGGAGUGCACAGCGCCCCGUUGUUUCAGGGGGUGCCGAGCGGCGAAUUUCUUCAGCGCGUACGCUCCCGACCUGUGAAGGAGGUUAUGGCUGAAGGUUUGCGGAACAAGAGGCUAAAGCUUCUCGCGACGUACGGCAGCGUCAUCGUUGAAUUAUGGGAUGGCCACUACUUCGAUGGCGACUGCCAUGAGUUGCUUGUUCUAAAUGACCUCUUAUCCAUUGGCAAAAUAAGGAAGUUUUUGGAAACCCAAGCAAGCAAGAAUGGCAAGGACAUGUCACAGCUUCUUCUGAAAACACUGGAUAAAAAAUUAAGAAAACUGGGUCGCAGCAGCCUUGAAUAUCGGCAGCAAGAAGAUUUUUACAAGCAAGCAAUGGGGAAUGCCUUUUACAAUAUUGUGGAAACGGCGCUCUUGAAUGCAGGAUAUGGCCCAUUAUGACUGAUCUUCUUGAAGACAGCGCAAGGAAAGAGGACACGGCUAGGUAUCAUAAGCAUUUUUAGCCUCUCACUACAGCCAAGUGCUUUAUACAA